GGCCGACCCCGACGCGAUCGUCCGUCCCCGCGCCAUGGACGCCUCGGCGGCCAAGAUCAGGAACCUGCCCUGGGUUGAGAAAUACCGGCCCCAGACGCUGAACGAUCUCAUCUCUCAUCAGGACAUCCUGAGUACCAUUCAGAAGUUCAUCAGUGAAGACCGGCUGCCGCAUCUGCUGCUGUACGGGCCUCCGGGCACCGGGAAGACGUCCACCAUCCUGGCGUGUGCCAAGCAGCUGUACAGAGAGAAGGAAUUUGGCUCCAUGGUUUUGGAGCUCAACGCUUCAGACGACCGAGGGAUCGACAUUGUCCGAGGCCCCAUCCUGAGUUUUGCCAGCACGCGGACCAUUUUUAAGAAAGGCUUUAAGUUGGUGAUUCUGGACGAGGCCGACGCCAUGACUCAAGAUGCCCAGAACGCCUUGCGCAGAGUGAUCGAGAAGUUCACGGAAAACACCCGCUUCUGCCUCAUCUGCAACUACCUGUCCAAGAUCAUCCCCGCCCUGCAGUCCCGGUGCACGCGCUUCCGCUUCGGCCCGCUCGGCCCCGAGCUCAUGGUGCCCCGCCUGGAGCACGUCAUCGCGGAAGAGAAAGUGGACGUGAGUGAGGACGGGAUGAAGGCCCUGGUGACCCUCUCCAGUGGGGACAUGCGGCGGGCCCUGAACAUCCUGCAGAGCACCCACAUGGCCUUCGGGAAGGUGACAGAGGAGACGGUCUACACCUGCACGGGACACCCGCUCAGGGCCGACAUUGCCAACAUCCUGGACUGGAUGCUGAACUUGGACUUCACCACUGCCUACAGGAAGAUCAUGGCGCUGAAGACGCUGAAGGGGUUGGCCCUGCAUGACAUCCUGACUGAGAUCCACUUGUUCGUGCACAGAGUGGACUUCCCGGCAUCAGUUCGAAUACACCUGCUGACCAAGAUGGCAGACAUUGAGUACAGACUGUCUGCCGGCACCAGCGAGAAGAUCCAGCUGAGCUCCCUCAUCGCGGCCUUUCAGGUCACCAGAGACCUGAUCGUCACAGACGCCUAGAGGCUGAGACCGCCUUCAUUCCUCUCCCCAAAGGGGGGACCCGUUUGGGGCAUGGGCUGGCGGGCUCUAUGCUGGGGACAUGCAGAACAGCAGCGAUGCGUGUCUGUCCUGACACCUCCCGCUGGCCUUCCUAGGGGGACAAAGCCACCCCCC